AUGGAAGUUAUGCUUGAUCGCAUCCGUCCGUUGAAUGAGAUCCCCUUUAUCCUAGCGAUAGAAAUAGAGCCUCAAGUUUUGAUCGACAACCGUACUUUGAGAAUGUUCAAGUCCGUGUUUUCUGGUGGAUUCCGACUGCUCGGGGUGCGUCACAUGUCAACGCCGUCUCGCUUAGAGAAAUGUUUAAACAGCGUCACACUCAUGGGAAGAACUGGUGCUGCUCCGCAAAUGCGAGGGUCUGAUGCUCAUCCAGUUGUGAACUUUAGUCUUGCGACGCACAAUUUUCAGAAAUUGGAAUCCGGAGAUACGCAACAAAAAACCGAAUGGCAUCGCGUUGCAGUUUUCAGGCCGCAUUUGCGAGAUCUCGUUCAUCGCUACUUGGGGAAAGGCCAGAGAGUGUUGGUGCAAGGUCGCCUCAUGUACGGAGAAAUUACGGAUGCUCAGGGUGUACAACGACAAACAACAACGAUCGUCGCGGACGAAGUCAUUUUCCUUACCAAAACGGAAGGAGAUAAGGCAGAGGACUACAUGGAAGCCUGAUGAAACUCGUGCUGGAAUCUUGCCGAACUGUGGUCGAAAAGUUUUUUUUGCUUUUGUUACAAGUUGAUAUUUAGGGCCUGAAUUUUU